AUGGAAGACCUAGAGGAACGCAUCUUGUCCGGCGUCCGGAGCAUGCUUGAUAAUUUCCAGGGUCGGAUCGUGGACUUGGUACAUUUCAAGACCGGCAUUGCCAGUGAGCCUUGCCAUUCCUAUCACCACUAUACAACUCUUCAGAGAGACAAGCGAAGCCGACCAACUGACCACUUACGCACUAUCUACCUUUCUGCUGACUCGUCAGAUUCCAACGAUUAUUCCUCUCCACCUCGUUCUCCUGGCUUCAGCCUAGGAGAGGGUGUGGACACUGCUCGUGGCCACGGUGCCCGAGACGUUGCUAAACGCCGCGCUGCACAUCGUUCCCUGACCAGCGGCUCAUCAGGUGGAGGCGGAUCUUCCGGUAUGUCAAAUUCCUCUUCAUCAACUGCUGGGUCUGCCAAUGUUUCCUCAAUCGGUACUCAAGGCUUAGUUAUCUGUCCCGAUGGCUCAUGCGGUAGCUCUUGUGGCAACUCUCGCCCGCAAAUUCUGAUAGGCGGCCUCACUUUUGCUAGUCUUUGCCGAGCUCGCAAAUUAACACCAUCUGAGUCCAUCUCUUCCGUAAGACGAACUGCUGGAUCUGGCAGUAGUCGGCCCUCAGGUCUGGUGACGACUUCAACAACGCUCGCCCAUUCUAGUGGGUCCUCAGAUGAAGCCGGGUCAAAAGCGUCUACUCGAUGUCGUCGGGGUCCCCGUUCUGGUCAAUCAAAUCGGUCGGCUGGCGGUGGAGUCGAAUUCAUCACCACCUUCGGCUCUGAUGGAGAUGAAGACGAUGGAGAACUAGAUCGAAAUAAUGAGUAUAUUAAUGGGGACGGUGGUUGGGGUGGAAUGAACGGUGGUCCUCGACGCCAUCACCAUCCAUCAUCUGAACAUCGCCCCUUGACUGAGGCAGAGCGGCUCAUGAGGGAUCGGAGACGGGCCUUAGCAACACUGUCACAGCAGCCUAAAUCUCUCCAGACGGGGACAACUGUCUCUGCAUCCGGACCCUCGGCUUCUUCCGUUUCGUCAUUCGCAACCUCAUUGGCUCGUUCGGUGGCAGGCCCUCUGAGCGGUGGAAUGACGCCUAUGGUUGUCACGACCUCUUCAAUGCGCGUAAACUUCCUUGCAAUUACAUUGCUAAAGAGCCACAUUUUAUCCUCAGCAUCUGUGGAUAUUUAG